AUGCCAUACCCUAGCAUUCUUGCCUCUGCGAAGAGAUCUGCCUCGAGCAGAUCCGUACAGAGGUUGUCCUCUGUGCUGUCGAGCAGAAACGUCGCAGCGUCGCUUGUGCAAGCUUUGCCCACCAACAACAGCUUGGUGUUCACCAGGAAGAAAGUCGGGUACUCCAAGAGAUUCAUCUCUUCCACGAAUGGCGUGGGGACCUCUGGGACACGGUCCACAGUGAUCCAAUUGCUGAAUAAUAUCAGCACGAAGAGAGAGGUGGAACAGUACCUCAAGUACUUCACCUCGGUGUCCCAACAGCAGUUCGCCGUUAUUAAAGUAGGCGGUGCCAUCAUCAGCGAUAACUUGCCCGAACUGGCAUCGUGUCUCGCCUUCUUGUACCACGUUGGGUUGUACCCGAUCGUGCUUCAUGGUACUGGGCCACAGGUCAACGGGAGGCUCGAGGCUCAGGGGAUCGAACCGGACUACAUCGACGGUAUCAGAAUCACCGACGGACAAACCAUGUCCGUCGUUAGGAAAUGUUUCCUGGAACAGAAUCUGAAACUGGUGACCGCUUUGGAAAAGCUGGGUGUCAGGGCAAGACCCAUCACCUCGGGUGUAUUCACAGCUGAAUACUUGGACAAAGAGAAGUACAAACUCGUUGGUGAGAUUACAAACGUCGCCAAGGAACCCAUUGAGGCUUCCAUCAAGGCUGGGGCUUUGCCCAUUUUGACGUCGUUGGCUGAGACCCCCUCCGGCCAGAUGUUGAACGUCAAUGCGGACGUCGCUGCUGGUGAACUGGCCCGUGUAUUUGAACCUUUGAAGAUUGUGUACUUGAAUGAAAAGGGUGGUAUCAUCAACGGUGAGACCAAGGAGAAGAUCUCCAUGAUCAAUUUAGAUGAGGAGUACGCUGAUCUGUUAAAGCAGAGCUGGGUUAAGUACGGAACAAAGUUGAAGAUCAAGGAGAUCAAAGAACUGUUGGACUACUUGCCAAGAUCAUCGUCUGUCGCCAUCAUCAACGUCCAGGACCUACAGAAGGAACUGUUCACGGAUUCUGGUGCCGGUACCAUGAUCAGAAGAGGUUACAAGCUAAUCAAGAGAUCUUCCCUGGGAGAGUUUUCCUCCAUUGACGUUUUAAGAGGGAUCCUGGAGAGAGACGAAGAGAUUGCCUCCGGUAAAGAAUCUGUCGCCGAGUACUUAAAAGUACUAGAAAAGAGUGAUUUCACAGCAUACUCUGAUGAACCAUUGGAGGCAUUCGCUGUUGUCAUCAAGAAUGGUGCCUCCAAUAUCCCAAGAGUCGACAAGUUCAUCUGCACGGACUCCGCAUGGCUAAACAACGUCACGGACAACGUCUUUAGCGCCUUGAACCGCGACUUCAAGUCGUUGCAAUGGAUAGUCAACGAGGAUGACCCAAACAUCGCGUGGCAUUUUGACAAGUCACAAGGUUCUUACUUGAAGAACGGGAAAGUUUUAUUCUGGUAUGGGAUCAACGACUUGGAGACCGUUUCCAAUUUGAUUAGUGAAUUUGUCAAGAACUCCAAAUUUGUCUCUACAGCCUCGAGUUCCUCUGGUGUCUUUGCCUCGGGCAUGUCAGCGAGAAACUACUCCACACGGUCUACCCCUAAGCCAGAAGGUACCAACACGAAGAAGGGCCGCAUUGCUCUGAUCGGGGCCAGAGGUUACACUGGCCAAAACAUUACUGCGUUGAUCAACAACCAUCCACACUUCGAAAUUGCACACGUGUCCUCCCGUGAAUUGAAGGGCCAGAAAUUGCAAGGUUAUGCGAAGGGCGAGGUCAUCUACGAGAAUUUGCAACCAGAAGAUAUCAAGGCGUUGGAGUCCAAAGGUGGUGUCGAUUUCUGGAUUAUGGCUUUGCCAAACAAUAUCUCUGAACCAAUCGUUCAGGCCAUUGAAAGUGUCGCUGGUGGGAAAUCCAAGAUUUUGGAUUUGUCCGCUGACCACAGGUUUGUUUCCGAGUCUGAAUGGGCGUACGGUCUUCCUGAAUUAAACGACAGGGAAAGAAUCAGUAACACGAGAAAGAUUUCCAAUCCUGGUUGCUACGCCACUGGGUCUCAGUUGACCAUCUCUCCACUGACCGAUUAUAUUAACGGGUUGCCCACCGUGUUUGGUGUCUCCGGUUACUCUGGUGCUGGUACGAAACCAUCCCCCAAAAACGACCCCAAGUUUUUGAAGGACAAUUUAAUCCCAUACGCUUUGACCAACCACAUCCACGAGCGUGAAAUCUCUCACCGGAUUGGUAAAGAGGUUGCCUUUAUCCCACACGUUGGCGAGUGGUUCCAAGGGAUCUCUCUGACCAUCUCGAUCCCCAUUAAAAAGGGUUCCAUAAAGUCUUCUGAUGAAGUGAAGCAACUUUACAAGAAAUUCUACGAGGGCGAAAGACUAGUCAAAGUCAUUGACGAUGUGCCACUGGUGAAGGACAUCAAGGGAACGCACGGUGUCGUGAUUGGCGGGUUCAAAUUGAGUGAUGCGGGCGACAGGGUCGUCAUCUGCGCCACCAUUGACAACUUGCUGAAGGGUGCCGCCACGCAGGCAAUUCAAAACAUGAACUUGGCCAUGGGAUACGGCGAAUACGACGGUAUUCCAAGCGACAAGAUCUUGUAA